UUGGAGUAUAACAAAUAGAGAAAUCCUUAAGCCGGCCUAAUGGAUGUUUACGCCGCCGGUGACGGAUUUCCUGUAAAAAGUUACUCGGCUUACCUUCCCACCUAUGCCUAGCCGCCACGUGUCCCACUCCUCGGCACCCUAAGACCGACGCCGUCUCGCCCACCUCUGUUUUUUCCGUCAGCCGAUAAAAUGUCCAAAUAAUUGAACUUUUUCCAAAACUAAACUCAGUUAUACUAACCAAACAGCCCCUUCCCUUAUUAUAUACCGCCGGUCAACCGAAACCCUAGUCGCACCUAACCUAAACUCCUCCUUUUCUCUCUACAAACUUUCAGAUCGGCGCACCGGAAUCUAUUUUAAAAGGUUCAGUUUAUGGAGAACGACGAAGAAACACAGUCACAUCAGUCCGGUGGUUCUGGAUCUCCGGAACCGCCGCGAUCUAACGGGAGGAUAACUGUGACGGUAGCAUCAGCGCCUCCUCAGAACACCUUGACUUUGGCUCUGCCGAUACAGCAAUCGAGACCUGUUGGAGCGUCUGGCGGAGGAGGAGGUGGAAGGGAGGAUUGUUGGAGUGAAGACGCUACGGCUGUACUGAUCGAGGCUUGGGGUGAGCGGUACAUGGAAUUGAGCAGAGGUAAUUUGAAGCAGAAGCACUGGAAAGAUGUUGCAGACAUUGUUAGCAGUCGGGAGGAUUAUAGGAAAACGCCUAAAACUGAUAUUCAGUGCAAAAAUCGAAUUGAUACUGUGAAGAAGAAGUACAAGCUGGAGAAAUCUAAGAUCGCGGCGGGUCAAGGACCAAGCAAGUGGCCUUUCUUUGAGAAGCUCGAUCAAUUGAUAGGUCCGACGGCUAAGAUCAAUCCUACAGUCGCUGCCGGCGUUGCUGGACCGUCUAAUUUGUAUUCAGGUAAUCAACAGGUGCCUAUGGGUAUUCCUAUGGGAGUCAGGUCCCUUCCUCAGCUUCGACAACAUCAACAGCUGCAGAAGCAGAAGCAACCCUCCCGGAAAAGGCCUCACAUGGAUUCAGACACAUCGGAAUCGGAGUCAGAACCGGAGCUUUCACCUGCUUCAACCGAUAGUUUUCCACCCGGAACAUUUCAAAAAAAGAGACCAAGGUUACAGAAGGAAAUGCUAAAUUCAAGCUCAAUAAGGCAGGGGGGAACACACGGCGGAAUUGGAAUGGGAGAAGCUAGUGGAAAGGAGAGCGGAAACAGUAAUUGGGGGAAUUCAGUGAGGGAGUUGACACGGGCAAUUCUAAAAUUCGGGGAAGUAUAUGAACAAACAGAGAGCGCGAAGCUGAAACAAAUGAUGGAGAUGGAGAAGCAGAGGAUGGAAUUCGCAAAAGAAAUGGAAUUGCAGAGAAUGCAGUUCUUCAUGAAUACACAAUUGGAAAUUUCACAGCUGAAGCACAGGAGAAGUGGAAACAGCAACAACCAUGCCGCAGCCACCAGCAACCAUAACAAUAACAGUGAUAGCAGUAUUUAAGGUCUAAUAAAGAUCCACGGUGCUCGGUAUCUGACAGAGAUUUGUAUUUGUAAUGUGUUUAGUUUUACUGCUAAACUAUAUCUUUCAUUUGAAAGACAAGUUGUAGAAUAUUAUAUAGUUCAUUAAUUCUCAAUUGAAAGUUUAUUUAA